UUCUUGGGUGAAGUUCAUAGAUUAGGUGUUAAUGUCCGUGAUGGCUUUAAGAAAUAUUCUAUUGAUGUGGAUCACAAACUGGUUCAAGACCAGUCUGCAUUGGAAAGUGCGUUAUGUACGGUUUUUACUAAAGCUAAAGGUGGCGAUAAAUGUGAUUAUUUAAUCAUUAUUCUACCUAAGAAGGAUACCAUGUUAUAUCGUGCUGUUAAACGAGUUGGUGAUUUGAAAGUUGGUGUUGCUAAUACAUGCGUUGUUUUCAAUAUUUUCACAAAGAAAUUACGUGGUUCAAAUAAGUUUGAUAUUGGUUGUUAUUCUCAAAUUGCCAUGAAGAUUAAUUUGAAAUUAGGUGGGUCUAACCAUAGAUUGUCCGCUGCUCAUUCUAAGGGUCUUUUUGAUGCUCAAAAGGUACCAGUUUUCAUUUUAGGUGCUGAUGUUACUCACCCAACCAAUACUACUUCAAAAGAGGAACUGGUUUCCAUUGCAUCUGUCGUUGGUAGUGAAGAUGGCAUCUUCAAUAAAUUCCCUGGUUCAAUUAGAAUCCAGUCUGGAGGUCAAGAAGUUAUUUCUGAAAUGAAGGGAAUGGUUCUUGAACGUCUUGAAAACUUCUAUAUCAAGGUUGGCAAGUUGCCAUCCAAAAUCUUAUUUUAUCGUGAUGGUGUUUCUGAAGGUCAAUAUUAUACCGUGUUAAAGGAUGAAUUGCCUCAAAUUAAAGCUGCAUUUGUUCAAUUUGGUAAGAGCAAGAAUAAACCUAAAUAUUCUCCAAAACUUACCUUUUUAGUUGUUGUCAAGAGACAUCAUACUAGAUUCAUCCCACUUGAAGAAAAUGGAGUUGAUGCUAAUGAAAAGAAGGUUGCUGUUACUUCUAAUGAUAACGUUACUCCUGGCACUACUGUCGAUAGAGAUAUUUGUUCUCCAGCUUUCUUUGAUUUUUAUAUUCAAUCACAACAAGCAUUACAAGGAUGUGGUAUUCCUGCCCAUUAUUAUGUUUUGCAUGAUGAAAAUGGUUAUGGUUCGGAUGAAAUUCAAACCAUCACUUAUAAUUUGUGUCAUACUUUUGGUAGAGCUACUAAGAGUAUCAAAACUGUUCCUGCUGCUUAUUAUGCUGAUUUAUUAUGUACUAGAGGUAGAUGUUAUAUUGGUGGAAUUGAAAGGGAAAGAGGUCGUCAAACUGCAAUUGAAAAGGCCAAGGCGAAGCUUGGAAGUAAUGUUGCUACUUCUAUUAAAAAUACCAUGUACUACAUUUAG